AUGAUCCGCGGCGCGGAGACCCCGGCGGCCGGCGACGCGCUGUCCAGGGUAGCCGGCGUCCCUCUGCCCCGCGCUCCCGCCGCGCCCGCUCCUCUUACCCACACCCACGCCCGGCGCGCGCACGUCCGCCGCCCGCGCCUCCCCGCCCCCUCGAGCUCGCGCCGCUCCCGCGCGGCGCUCGGAGCCGCAGGGCCGUUUCGGGCGCCCGCGGCCCCCGCCCCCUCCCCUCGCCGGGGCCUCGGCGGCCGCAGCGCGAGCGGGGCGGCGGGGGAGGGGCGCGCAGGGGAGGCGGCUGCCCCGGGCGGCCUCGCGCGACCCUCCGGGGCGCCUGGCUGCUCCCGCGGCGCCCCCUGCCGGGCGGGCGGCGAUUUGCAGGCCCAGCCGGUGCCCGCGGCUCUCGGCCGCUCAACGUUCGAAGAGCCUGGGGGAGAACCCACCCAUCACCGGCCUCUGUCCACCGCCUCCUCCGCGGAGCUGGGCGAGGAAGGAGCUGCCGAGCGCCAGGGCACUGCCCUCGUCUUAGUUGGUUCCGUAGUUUUCUAG